AUGUCCAGAAAGCGGCAUAGGGACUCUUCUUACGAUACCGACUGUAGUCCUGCGUAUUUUGGCUUACAUCCUGUAGAUAAAUUUUAUCCAAAACGUGGACGGCCUGAUCGCGACACAAUAGAGUCGCUUGUAUAUAGGAUCGGAAGCAAGGCUACUGAUAAGAUUCAUAAGGACAUCAGUGAACUGUGCAUUCUCUUUUGUGCUGAACUGGAUAAGAAUCUUGAACAUCGGAUUAAGUUAAUUACUUCGUGCGCCAAGAAUAUUCCCGAGCGCAUGCAAAUUUACACGACCCUUCUUGGGUUGAUAAAUCUGAAGAAUCACGACUUCGUUUCUAGGGCCGUUGAUGCCAUUGUCAGAGAUUUGAGGGACGCUCUUAAAUCUAGCUCUUUUGAUGAUGUGAAAUAUUUGGUUCGAUUCUUAUCUAACUCGGUGAACUGCAACAUUAUUCAUCCAGCCAGUCUGCUAUCUCUUUAUGAGAAUUUCGCGGAAGUUACUUUGGAUGUUUGCUCAAGUUCACAAGCGCGAACGGAUUGGUAUUCUUUUGUUGUUCUUUCCGCACUGCCCUAUAUCACACCACCGGACUAUGAUUCAGAAAUAGUCUAUCCUCUGCCUCAAGUUGUAUUUCGCAUGUUCGACUACACGGAUGUCUACUGCCCAGACGACGAUGUAGCGGUAGAUGGUGAAAAGGCUCGGGACGUAUCUAAAAUCUCACCUUUGAAUUCCCCCACCCUGCCUGGUGCCCACACUAUCGAAAGAUUUUUGGUGGAUGACCAGAUUCAUAUCAUCCUCGAAACAAUGCAUUUCAAUCGCAUUAUGUGUGCUCGAACUCUUUUGAACCUACAAACACGCGCUAAAUUGGCUCUCGACUAUAUGAUAGUAGAGGCCAUAUUUGCUGAUAUCUUUCGUCUCCCAAAGCCACCAGUGCGCCAUGGAAAUCUCCUGUUCUACGCCUCUCUCCUCAUUCAACUCUGCAACGAGGCUGUCAACACCAUACCUUUAGUGCUUGCCCAGGCUACGGGGAUCCUUUUCGAGCGUCUAGAUAGUAUGAAGCCUGUGUGCAUUGCGAGAUUCGUGGAGUGGUUUUCUUUCCACCUCACAAACUAUCAAUUGAAGUGGAGCUGGCGCGACUGGUCUCUUGCCCUAGGGGAGCCGGUGAUGUCGCCUCGACGAUGGUUCAUUUCCGAGACUCUGUGUCGCCUCGUACGCUACUCUUACUACGAGAACGUCAAACAGCGCCUUCCACGUUCUUUCUACUGUCUUUUACCACCCCAACCAGGCCCUAUCAAUCCCUACGAUAAAGCGUCCACAGCUCAGCGGCGCAUCUUCAUUCGUGUUUUGGAAGCAUUCCACCAGCGCCACAGUUCCGAUGACUUACUUAAUCUUAUCCGAAGACUCGCUUCUCAGAGGGGUGACGAUUUUGACGACUCCGAUCUAGAGCCGUAUCGUCAGUCACGAAGUAGAAGCAGAAGUGGAAGCAGCAAUCAUCCCCAUCACUCCAACUCCUACUCCGAAACGGAGGGUUCAGUUGAGAUGGAUGGGAGGGAUCAGCGUUCGCGUCCCGCUGCUCAUCGUCACCUUGAUGGUGAUAAGAGGGGUGGAUCUCGUUCGAACUCAAGCGCAUCCUCUGCCUCCGCUACAUCCGAGAAGAGUCGUCCCGUAAAAAAUGAAUUGACCUCCUCCAAAAGGGCAAGAAAUAAGGAGAAAAUGGAAGAUAAUGAGGAUGACUUUGAUAACUGUUUGGUACCUGGUGUAACUAAUCGCGAGCUGGAGCUCUUCAUGACUGCUCUACUUUACCGUGCUCACAAGACUAUCAGCCACACUUGUUCCUUACUCAAUCGGUACUCGGAAGCAUUCAAGACGUUGGCGUCAACAGUGGAACUGCAGGUGGAGGCUCUGCACAUUCUGCAAGCAGUGUGGUGCAACCAGUCGCAAAUGGUGGUGGCUAUUUCGGACUACAUGUCGCGUCAGGGUAUGCUGGAUCCCGAGUCUGUGGUGGGGUGGGCUUUUUCACCCUUUAUGUCCGCCUUCUGCGGCCCCCUUGCUCCUCCACCCUCCACUGUUCACGUAUGUCCUCGAAUGCUGCAGUCACAUGUGUGGGAGUGUCUCAUGCAUACACUGGUUCGAGUUGGUCAACGCAUCGCCCAAAUCACACCGAGACUGGAAGCUGUUAAGGAUCAAGCAGGCGUGCACCAUCGUAAGUCCGCAAGUGGAUCCCGAUCUGACGGCAGCUCCAGUGACCUAGAUAACGACUACGGUGACGGUGAUCUGCGCACCAAAAUUGUCCGUGUUCGCCGUCGACACCAACGGCAUUGUCGCGUCGGGAGCCACGGCAGUAGUAGCGGUGGUGGUGGCGGUACCUCACCUGACCGCCUGGCGCGUCUGAAGGAGGAGCGUGGUGAGGCGGUGCGUUCUCAAUGUGCAGUCAUCACCCUUCUGCUUCACCGUCACGUCCGUCUCGUAGCAACGGUUGAAGCGAAAGCGACAGAGGAGAUGGGGGCCCCAGACAACCCGAGUGAUCUUGUCGAUCUGGCAUCCGUGGCCUACUGGCUUAAGGGACGCCUUAUGCAAACUGUUCUGGAGCAUCAGGAUCAACUGUUACCAUACAUGGACAAUCUGGAGGAGCUGAUGUCCGAUUUGACACCGUUCGUGGGUGACGUGUUUCAGGCAUUGCGAAGCCUCUAUACCUGA